AUGGGUGGUGCAAGAGAAGGCCAAGACAAAGAUGGCCUUUUUCUCACAAAAGGCCAUCUUUGUCUUGGCAGCUUGUUGCUCUGUCUGUUUCCUUUCCAUCUCCACCAUAACUUCCACCGACUCAACCAUCCACCAUCAAUGGCCGAUGAAUCUCUGAGACUCCUGCGUCGUCUUGUACAGUAUGUACAAGAUGACAACUUAAAGCAACAGCUCAAAACAUCUCUCAGCUCACUCUCUAAGAAGGAGAUAUCUGCGCUCAAGAAAGUCUUGACGGUGAAGUCAGCAAAAGGGGAUUCCGCUGGAAAGACAAUCAACAAAGUUACAGACAUUACCAAACUUCAGCUUGCGCCUAGCUUGGAGAGAAGCCUACCGUUAUGGAGGAGAGAUAACACCUCAUAUUUUCUCGAAACCACUGCUGAGUCUUGUUCUUAUGAAACUGCGGGAGCAGUAUUCAACAAACUUCAGCAAAACAAGGAGAAUAAAGAUACCCAGACGAUUAAACGACGAUUUGACUUAAGAAGCUUGUAUAAGUUUGCGGUUUCUCGCCACUACCACUCUGGGAAGCGCUGGCGGGAAGGGGGGAGUCGGAGCCUCGCGUCAGAUAUCUGCAAAGAUGUACCCAAUAAUGAUGUUGAUGCCGUUGAGAAGGAACUUCAGCACCUUAUUCAUCUGGGGCGAGGAUUUGAAGCUUGGGUAAAGCAGCUAGGAGGGCCAGGCUAUCUAUUAUUAUUGCCUUUGGAAAUCUGCGAGACUAAGUAUGUCAUCAUGCUUCAAGGAAUUUCAACGUUUGCGUUACUGAACAUUCAAAGAUAUGCAAAAAGACAUAACCGAAAUGGGAUUACAAAGGAUGCAGACCACCUUAAAAAAAUUGGUAUUCAAGCUAUAGCAGAGGAGCAGGGUGUUUUGCCUCUUGGCCGGUAUAUUGCGGAUCAAACUUUGAAGCAUGCGAAGGAACAACCACAAAUGGGCAAUAAACUGGAUGAGAGUAAUCAAACCUUUUCCGUACGUUGUGUUGGUUCAGACGUCAGGAAUCAGGACACAGGGGUCUCUCUCUCGUCAGCAUCACAGCCAUCUCCAGCUUGGAAUCAACGGAAGCGCCGCCGUCGAAAUGCUCCAUCGAUAAGCCAAGCGAGUGGUCUACCUAGUCAAACUGCUGGGCCUGGCUGUUGCAAUACAAAUCCUGCUGUUAUUUUGCCGGAAGAGGUAUCGACCAGACAUGGAAUGGAGAGUCAAGACGAUCCUGGGGCAGAAUCGCCUCAGCAACCUCCACGGGAUGCACACUCGCUCGGCGACGAAACCAGCUGUCCGAGUGUGGUACCAACCCCUUACACUAACGGGCCUGGCGAUGAUGGAUAUCAGGGAUUUCCACAGUCACUCUUGGACGAAAGCGGAACGGAUGUUUCUGAGGGUCAAACAGCUACACAUACCAACGAAAUUUAUCCAGCGAAUAAUAACGCUAUGCAAAUAAAUACCAUGGACGCGGCUGACGAGUUUAAUUUCGAUGACCUUCCAAAUCCCUUGACUCCUCCAACCUUUGGCGGACCCGAAAGCAACCGACAGCGUUUCUCGAACCAUGGCUUACCAGAUGAUAUCUGGCAAAAUAUUCCGGACACCAGCUUUAAUUUUAUUGCGGGAUAUGACUGGAAUAACCUCCCAAACCCAUUGAAUACUGCAGCUGGCUGCGAAUCACUGCCCUUCAAUUGGGAUGAUCUCCCUAACCCUCUUGACAACGAUAUUAUAUGA